CAACUCACCGUGUCCCCAGUCAUGUGCGCAUUAGUGCUCAUUAUGUGGUACAUCAUGCUCCGUCAGUAUGAUGCAGAUCGCUCUGGAAUACGGCUGGAAAAAUGGGAAUCAGUCUGGAAUCCUUGGACCAGCGCCUGAAGGAUUUCGCCAUGCAGAAUUUGGACAAGAAGCUCCGGUGCUAUAGCGGACACCAGUUGAGACAGGACUUGAAAAAAUGCCUGUUUAAAGUGCACCAUGAGUUUCGGACCUGUAAAUCCAAAGCCAAAGGCAAGGCACAGGUGGACACCGAACAAAGGUCUAUCGCUAUUGCCGAUGCCCCCCAAAGUUGGAAGCCGCCCUCCUUUGACAAGAGCCAAGUUCGAAUGCUGGUGUUUCGGGACUGUGAACCCCAGGGAAAGAAAUUACUGUUUGAUUCCAAGGCCAUCCGAGUUGUGCAAGAUGAUGAGACGGACAGCCAGUGUAGAGUGUACGGAGCUGGGAAGUUUGCCCAGCCUGUUACAAGGCAGUCCAGCAAGGACGGGUCCACACCACAGAACAGUACAGGUUUCAAAUAUCAGUACUUGAGACCAGGAUCGGAUGUCAAGCUGUUGGGAGAAAUGAUGUUUGGAUCCAUUGCCCUGUCUUACCAGGGUUCUACCUUAAAGAUUCACAACAUCAGAGUUCCUCCCCAACUGAUGCUGACUAAAGUCUUCACAGUCAAACCAGUCAAGGAGGCAUCCCUAGAAGACAGUUGCGACAGCCAUGACUUGCUGACUGGGCCAAAGACGAUCCUGAACCUGAGUAACCGUUUGAGCAGCGGCAGCGCGUCUGUGGCACACAGCAUGCCCAUGGCCGUGCCCAAGUCUCCAGGCCCUGAGAACCAGCGUGAGGACGACGACAGUGGCAUUGUGGCAUCAGCUGCGUCCAACAACAGCAUGGUGACUCCCUUCCCCUCCCCGAGCUCGUCCUUCUCCAGCACCAACUCCAACAGCUUCCACCGCCGCUUCAUGCGCAGUCAGGCCACCAGUAUGGAGUACGGACUGAUGAGGAGGUGCUCGGGAGACUUCUCAGGAUUCUCCAACACAGAUGACUCGAUGUCGUCCCCGCCUUCCUCAGGCUGCAGUAGGGGUAGGAGUCCAAAGAUCGGUGUUGCUGUUAUCAUAUCACUGCCAGAGUCUGACGAAGAGAGCAGCAGACAAUUCCAGAAGUUUUUCUUUUCGCACUUCACCCUGCUGGAGACCCACAUGCACAAGCUGCGUAUGGGAGUGGAGAGGGCGCUGAGGAAAACCUCCCAGCUCUUCAUACAGAGGUGUAUAGAGGCGUUGGACACUUUCCGCGAUGACGUUUGGCACCUGUACACCGCGGUGCGGAUUCAGGAGCCCGUCUGGCUUAACAUGAUGUCGUACUCCAAACAGAGGCGCCACCUAGUGGAGCACUUCCUGCAGGAACUCGUCGUCACCAUGGACCACUGUAACAACAAAACUACCAACUAUUUCCUGAGCACCUUGCUGACAGCAGUGCUGACUCAUCACCUGGCCUGGGUUCCCACGGUUACGCCAGCAGGUGCCACGCCCCCCAGCAGGACCUACCUGGACAAACACUCCUCCAAAACGCUGGACAUGUUAGCCAAGACUCACCCCUACAAUCCACUCUGGGCACAACUCAGUGACCUGUACGGUGCAAUAGGUUACCCCAUCAAGUUAGCGCGGACAGUUGUGACAGGAAGGAAGGCCGAGCUGGUUAAUCGGCUUCUCUACCUGCUCAGCUACUUCAUCCGCUGCAGCGAGGUUCACGAGAACUCAGAAGAACGUGACGAAGUGGGAGAGAACACGGCGGAGAAAUCCGAGUUCCGCUCCUGCCUCGUGUGUGGGGAGGAGAGCGGUGCUGAAUACAUUCUCGUGUCUAAAGAAGAGGAAGGUUUUACCCCGGCAAUCGACAUCAGUUGUAGCGCUCACGACUCAGAGGAACCAAACGGCAGACUAUCCGACUCGACCAACAGACUGACUCCGCAGAGAAGAGACUCGAACGAGAGCAAUAACAACAGCGUGGUGUGCCGCGAGUCGCCGACCGAUCUGCAGGAAUCCAGGUUGGAGAACGUCUCACACGUGCAGAGAGUCUCCCCGCGGUUCGAGAGGGCGGACGCGCUAGUAGAUGCGGCUGGUAGCAGCAUGCUGACAGUGGGUAAGGAUGGAGGAAUGGUGUCACCAACAAGGCAGCUAGAUGAGAAGGAGAAGUACAGGUACGCCAGGAUGGCCUCUAAGGAGGGGAGUAUCAGCAUGCUGGACGAGUAUUUUGAUGGGGAAACAGAAGCUAAGACUAUUGACGACAUUCAGGACGAGUUGAUCAGGCAGUCCCAGGAAGAGGAGAGGACGGCUUAUGAUAAACGAGGAGAAUCAGACAGGCACUCUGUAGCGGUCCAAAGAACUUCCCAGGCUGGCGUGUCAGACUUAUCCAGGCCUGUAACAUUAGAAGGAAUAGACAUCUGUGAAGUGGAGUCGCGCGGCAGAGCGUUGCUCACCCCUAAUGCUCUCAGCCCAGUAGACGAAGUGCCUACACCUGUCAUGUCCUGUGCAGGUACACCUGUCGCAGCACCUUUUGCCUCACCUGUAUCAGGUGGAACAACACCUGCCACGCCCCUCUCCACCUCUCCAAGACCUUCCACCACCCCAUCGCCCGUGAUUCCAAAGGAAGGCCAGGCAGACUGUGUGCCCACCCAGGCUUUCACUGAUGCCAUGUUCGAAGGGUCCACAGACAGCACCCUGACGAACGCUAGCUUCACCACCAGCUGUGAGAGUAACCAGACUGCCAGGGCAGGCACACAGACACCGGUGCAGCUGGACCGGGAGGAUGGAGUCUUCAGUAUGAAGGGGGAGGAGGAGGGUGGGGUGUCUGCAUUGCCUGGUGAUACUGAUAGGAAGAUGUCCAGCUGCAGUUCCCAUGGAGAUCAACAGGAGGUGCUACCAGAUGAUCUCCCCAUGCCUAGGUCUAAAUCUGUGCAGAAUCCUCCGCAGAGAUUGGAGUCCAACUUUGGAAGGUCUCUCCUGGCUGGCUACAGUGAGAAGUACCUCCCUGACUUUGUCCUGCUGGGUACGGGUGAGAGUGACUUCAGACAACAGCUGCAGACUGACCUGCAGCUCGCCACGCAGACAUCCGUCCUGGACGAACCAAUCGCUGAGGCUGUCUGCAUCGUGGCAGACACAGAUAGAUGGACAGUACAGCUGUACUCCAGCCAGAAGAGAGGAGACAAGCCUGCUGCUGAUGUCAUGGGGUCAGCUCAGGUCAGCAGCAUCCUGCAGUCCGUGGCCAACCUGCACAGACUCAAGAUGCCUGCUGAGUUUUGCCUGAUGCACCUUGAGGACCGUCUACAGGAGUUGUUCUUUAAGAGUAAGAUGCUAGCAGAGUACCUGAGGGGUCACACAAGGGUCACCAUCCAAGAACUGUCAGCAUGUGUGGGGAUUGAGUCCAGUGACCUACCACUCCUGACAGCCGUGGCCAGCACCCACUCUCCUCAUGUGGCCAUGAGUCUGGUCUGAACCACUUCAAACCAGUCCAAACCGGUUACAGCUGGAUCAAACCACCUGCUGCUAUGUGCCUGGUCUGGACCAGUCCCUACCACUUCCAGCUGGAUCCAACCACUUUCCUAUCUCCUAUCUCCAAAA